AGCAGUGAGUGUCACCAGAGGAGAGCAGGGUGGCUCUGGAAAGCACGCAGGACUUCCAACUGAGAACUGUGCUGCCUGGCCAUGCACCUUGGGCCAAGGUGGCUGGCAGGCAAGGGGCUGCCCCUCCUGGGGGCAGUGCUGGUGCGCAUGAGAGAGAAGAGGGGACCUCAGUGGAGCCAGUGUCGGCGGGAAACCCACCCAUACUAUGACCUCCAGGUGAAGGUGCUGAGGGCCAGAAAUAUCCGGGGCACAGAUCUACUGUCCAAAGCUGAUUGCUAUGUGCAGCUGUGCCUGCCCACUGCGUCCUCUAGCCCCACCCAGACAAGAAUGGUGGCCAACUGCAGUGAUCCCAAGUGGGAUGAGACCUUCCACUACCGGAUCCACAGUGCUGUGAAAAAUGUUCUGGAACUCACCCUCUAUGAUAAGGACCUCCUGGACAGUGACCAGCUCUCCCUGCUACUGUUUGACUUGAGAAGCCUCAAACCUGGCCAACCAUACAGACACACAUUCCUACUCAACCACCAGGACUCGCAAGAGCUGCAGGUGGAAUUUGUUCUGGAAAACAGUCAGGUGCCUGCAUCUGAAGUUAUCACCAAUGGGAUCCUGGUGGCUCACCCCUGUCUGAGAAUCCAGGGCACCCUCAGGGAAGAUGGCACAGGCCCACAUCGAGAUUAUGGCUCUAGGCAGAUUCAGCUGACAGUGCCUGGGGCCUAUGAGAAGCCGCAGUUCUUGCCCCUGAACCCCCCCAAAGAAGGAGGCCACCCAACCACCUUCACCUUUCAUGUGAACCCCAUGAUCAGCUCCAGGUUGGAUGUGGAGCUGGGGGAGAAGCUCAGAGUCCUGGAGAGUGGCCCAAGUGCUGAGCUAGAGACCCAGACCAGCCAGCUGGGCAAAGGGGGAAUCCCGCUCUCUUCUUUGGCCAUAGGCCAGGAAGAACAGCGUUUCGUGGUCCUGGGGGAGGACCAGGCAGUGGUUCUGCAGAUGAAGGCAGAAAUGAGCUCUGGAGACCUUGACCUGCGCCUUGGCUUUGGCCUGUGUGACGGGGAACAGGAGUUUCUGGACAAGAGGAAGCCAAUUGUGUCUAAGGCCCUGCAGCAAGUGCUGGGAUUGAGCAAGGCUCCUGACAGUGGCCAGGUGCCUGUGGUGGCUGUGCUGGGCUCCGGAGGUGGAACCCGAGCCAUGUCUUCCCUGUACGGCAGCCUGGCUGGGCUGCAGGAACUUGGCCUCCUGGACACGGUGACCUACCUCAGUGGGGUGUCUGGGUCUACCUGGUGCAUCUCCACACUGUACCAGGACCCAGCCUGGUCCCAGGUGGCACUGCAGGGCCCCAUUGAGUGCGCCCGGGCUCGGGUCUGCAGCAGUAAGAUGGGGGCGAUGUCUCCGGAGCGUCUACAGUACUACGUCCAGGAGCUGGCAAGCCUGGAGGGCAGCGGCCACAGUGUUUCCCUCAUUGACCUCUGGGGUCUCCUCAUUGAGUAUUUCCUCUACCAGGCGGAAAACCCCGCUAGGCUGUCUGAGCAGCAGGAGGCCGUCAGCCAGGGCCAGAACCCUUUUCCCAUCUACGCCAGCAUCAAUGUCCGCACCAACAUCAGCGGGGAAGACUUUGCAGAGUGGUGUGAGUUCACCCCCUAUGAGGUCGGCUUCCCCAAGUAUGGGGCUUAUGUUCCCACUGAGCUCUUUGGUUCUGAGUUCUUCAUGGGGCGUCUGCUGCAGCCCCGGCAAGAGCCCCGGAUCUGCUACCUACAGGGUAUGUGGGGCAGUGCCUUCGCAGCCAGCGUGGAUGAGAUCUUCCUGAAGAUGGCUGGCUCGGGCCUCAGCUUCCUAGACGGGCACAGAGGGAAAGUAAACAUCACAGAUGACUGCCAGAAGCUCCAGCUACAUGACCCCACAUGUCUGCGAACUAGGCUCUUCACCCCCCAGGGCCCCUUCUCCCAGGCUAUGCUGGACCUAUUCACCUCCCGCUUUACCUCUGCGGAGAACUUUAAUUUCAUCAGAGGCCUCUGCCUACACAAAGACUAUGUCUUCGGCCAGGAGUUCACGGCCUGGAAAGCCACGCACCCCGACGCCUUUCCCAACCAGCUCACUCCCAUGCGGGACUGCCUGUGCCUGGUGGAUGGGGGCUUUGCCAUCAACUCUCCCUUCCCCCUGAACCUGCUGCCCCAGAGAGCGGUAGACCUCAUUCUAUCCUUUGACUACUCCCUGGAAGCCCCUUUUGAGGUCUUACAGAUGACAGAGCAGUACUGUCUGGACCGAGGCAUCCCCUUCCCAAGGAUUGAGGUGCUCCCUGAGGACUUGGAGGAGCCCCGCGAGUGCUACCUGUUUACCAAGGCUGAGGACCCCCGCUCACCCAUCGUGCUGCACUUCCCCCUUGUCAACCGGACCUUCCGUACACACCUGGCCCCAGGUAUGGAGCGACAAACAGCUGAGGAGAAGGCCUGCGGGGACUUUGUCAUCAACGGGUCAGACACUCCCUACGGCAUGAUGAACUUCACCUAUGAGCCCGAGGAGUUUGAGCGGCUGGUGGCUCUUAGCCGAUACAAUGUUCUGAACAACGCGGAGACCCUGAGGCAUGCCCUCCGGCUGGCUCUGGAACAGCGGCAGGCUGGGGACAGGGCUGGGGCCUGACAGGGCUGGAGGAGGAGUAUCAUGAGAGAGGGAAGCGACCCUGGGCUCCAGAUCAGGGCUGGAGAGAGAGGAGUGGUAGACAAUGAGGGGCUCCUGCUUCCCAUAUUACAGGGACCCGCUUUAGGCCCUUCAGGCCCCAGAAAGCUCCUGCCAAACAGCAGCUUGGCUUUGGAGCUGGGCCCUUCUCAUAAGUGUUUCUGGGUGAUGAUGGCACUGUAUCUCUCUCCGGGACUCUUGGGAAUGGGAGACAGAGGUGAGCAGUGCUCAUUCUGCACUGGAGUGUAGAGGGAAUCGGGCAACAGUCUAGCCCCAGAGCCUGCCCCAAACCUAGAAGGCCCUUAGAGGGCCCAGGUCUUCAGACCCUCACCAGACCAGGAGCUGUGAGUGCUGAGGCCCAGGUUCCUCUCCUGAAGCUGAAACCGAAAGCAAAGAUUCCUCCAUCUAACCCACACUUUUGCAAAUGGUCAGGCUCCUGGAUGCAGGGCUUGUGCUAUUAUGAAUAAAUAAUUAUUAUGAAUAAAGCCUCCCAGGCUGCCAGUUUGGAUCCCUAACUCCAUCCUUCAGCCUGCUGAGUCUCCUUUGCCUCUAGCUUCCCUGUCUCCUCACUGCUCGCCAUCCGUCUUUGCUUAGCCUCCUGAAGGCUGGGGGAUAGUACCCCAUCCUGGCAGAGCUGAUAGGUGUGCUGAUGUCUCCCCGUUAGUUACUGAUGCUUCAGUCUUCAGACCUGGGCCACACUCUCUUUUUGUGUACACAGCUGCCACUUCCUCCAAAUAGGGUUGCCAUUCCCAGAGGCUUGCUGGGUGUGUCUGGAGGGUAUGUUCGUUGAAGAGGGAGCAGAGGAAGUGUGUGCCUCAAGUGUGUGUGUAUGUUCCUAGUGAGGAUGGGGUGGGUGAGCACCUGUCUAUUGGCCAGGGUGGGACAG